AUGCUGAGCUUCACCACGGAUCCAGCAUCGUCCGGCGCGUCCGUUUCGGCCAGUCUGUUCUCCUCCUCUACGCCCAUACAGUCAUCGCGAGCACAGAGACACGCCGUCGGCCUCCCAAAUCGCGCAGCACACGUGUCCAGUCGGCAGUCACCAUUAGGCACCAAGGGACGUGCAUGCCUCGUCGAUAAUCUUGGCCAACCGCGCCCAACGAACCGCGACGACCAUCAGCGACUUUUUCCCAUUCCCGCAAGACACCACACGUUCCUGUACAUUAUCCGAGACCCUGCCCAGGACAACAACAGAAUGGCGAGCUUUGUCACCGACCUCUGGGAGUCCAUCUUCACCCCAGGUCCCACGCCGACCCUACUGCGCGCGGCCAACGCCACUUUUCUCGCUCUGCAGCUCACCCUCGCCGGCCUGCUCUUUGCCACCUACUCGAUCCACUGCGUCAUUCUCUCCAUCAUCUGCGCAGGUCUCUGGUGUAGCGUCAACUGGUUUGCCGCCGAGCUCGCCAUCGUCCAACGGGAGCAGGCGGCCAAGGACAAGGCCGAGGAGGAGAAGCGGAGGACGAGGAGGGACGACGGCAGCGAUACGGAAGUGGAAGAGGAGAGCAAGCUCAUUCCUGAGAAAGAUACAGAGGGCGUGAGCGCCUCGAAGGAGGUCGAGGUGCAGCCGGCGACGCAGGGCCUGUCGCAGAGGAAGGGCCUCGAAGUGGAGUCGGCGAAGGAGAAGGAUGCGCAGGUAUCGCAGUCGAGCGUGAGUACGGAGGAUGAGUGGGAAAAGGUCUCUGAGGGUAGCAAGGAGAAGGACCAGUAG